AUGGGAGAGAACAUUGUAAAGCCCAUGCGUACGAGUAAGAAAAAAGUCCGCACAGGAUGCAUCACGUGCAAAAUCAUGAGAAUCAAGUGUGAUGAGUCCAAGCCUGCAUGUCUCCGGUGUACGCGUACUGGCAGAAAAUGCGACGGAUAUGCAUCACCUCCAGCUCCUGCUCCGGGCCCAGUAGGACCAGCUAAGCCUGGGAAGCUCGCAUCCAAAGAGGGCAGGGCACAGGAGUUCUUCUACCGAAAGACUGUUCCGGAGCUUUCUGGAUUCUUUGGUCGAUCCUUCUGGAACACUGUCCUACAGUUUAGCCUGACGGAGCCAGCAAUUAGACAUGCCACCGUCGCCUUGGCAACCCUUCACGAGGAGCACAGUUCCCCUACGACGGCCACCGAACAGCCGAGGGACAACAUCAAGUUCGCGAUUCAAUCAUACAAUAGAUCCAUUGGCACUGUACUGAAACGAGCUUCUGAUCCGACCUCGAUGCCUUUGAUAGCUAUGGCCAGCAUCGCCUUCACCUGCUUUGAAUGUCUUUUGGGCGACCCCAAGGAAGCCGCCGCUCACGUCGCCAGCGGUAUUGGCCUGCUCAAGAUGUGGCGAGAAAAGUCUGGCCAACCAGCCAGUUCCUGGGGCCAGAAUUACCGGAGCUUUGAGCUCUCCUUUGUGGAAACCCAUCUGGCCCCUGUCCUAUGCACACUCAGUCUUUGUGUCGCAGAGUUUGGCUCCCCCGUCGACUUGUAUCUCAACCCAGUCGACUUCAAUAACUGUCCCAUAUUUGGGGAGCCGUUCCAAGAACUGUCAGAAUCGCGGGUCGGCCUUAUCGACAUCAUUACAGCAGCCGUAAGACUCGGACAGGAGGACGCUCCGGCCCUCGAGGUUAGCGUCAAGGCAGCAGGCCUCAGCACCGCGCUUGAAUGCUGGAAAAUGAGAUUCGAUGAUCUUGUCCAACGAAAAGGGCCCUUGUGGAGUGACCAAGACCAAGGCGCCGCUGAUCUUGUACGCGUUAUGUGGCAGAGCACAGCUCAUAUGAGGAAAUCAUCCGACUUGUCGAGGCGCUAA